AUGUCGAUUUUUAAAAGAAAAUCAGCAUCUAAUGUUUUCGUUAGGGAUCUACGUCCUGGCUCUAAUAACUUUGUUAUCAAAGUUAAUAUCCUCAAGAUUUGGGAUGGAUUCAAAGGUAGAGGGGGGUGUUCACUUGAGAUGGUCUUGGUUGACCAAGAGGGUGAUAGGAUACAAGCAACUGUUGAAAGGUUUUUCGCUAAAUCUUUUCGUAAAGAUUUGAUCGAGGGGAGAUCGGUGCUUAUCAAUACUUUUAAGGUUGUUGAGUAUAAUUCUGAGUAUCGAACUACACGAACGCCUUUCAAGAUAGUGUUCUAUGCAACUACGACUGUCUCUGUAUGCUUGGAUUUUCCUCAAGACGUUCCUGAGAAAUAUAUGAAAAGUUUUCCAGAUAUUUUAUCAACUGAUUUGGACAAUGGCUACUUGAUCGACGUGGUCGGACAAAUCGUAAGAGUUGGUCAUGUUGAGGACGUUAUGGCUCAAGGAAAACGUCGUUCUAGACUUAAGAUUUAUCUUAGGGAUGAGAGCGAUCUACAAUUACCAUGUACUCUUUGGGCUGAUUACGCAAAAGAAGUUGCUGAUUAUGUUAAACGAAAUUGCGCAUCCGUCGUUGUGGUUAUUAUAAGGCUUGCGUGUAUCAAAACUAUCGAGAUUUUGUUUGAUCCAGUUUGUCCUCUUGUGGCGAAAUUCCGAUCUGAGUAA